GACAUUAGCGUCCUUUAUCAUUUUGUCCAUGGUAUUCAUGGGUAGAGUAGAUUUAGACUUCUUUGUUUAUUGCUAUUUUGCUUCGAAACAAUCAGACGACCUCUAUUUAAAAAGCCCGAAUAAAGCUUGUUUCAUUACUGAUCGACCAUCCAAUGUUCCGAGAUGGAAAGAUCAGUUUGUGUAUAUACGUCCCCCGCAGCCUUACCCUUGGGCGCCCACCCCCUGGUUCAUAGAGGUGCCCCUAAAACCUGCUCGUCCUCCUACCAACCCAAUCUUCGACCGCCGUAUACAAGUGUGGGACUCGAAUCCCGUCGCCUCUACCCCUUUACUCGAAGAUGAUAACCUCCUCCACCAUUGUGGAAUUUUGACCCAUACAAAAUUUUCUCCUCCUCUCGCCGAGACCAUUCUCCAAAUUCGC